ACGACAAAAGCCGUAUGUCACGUGUCGAAGUUCUCUUUCCCUGUGCUCGUAGAGAACAUGUCUCAUAGAAAGUUCAGAGCGCCUAGGCAUGGCUCCUUGGGUUUCCUGCCUCGCAAGAGGUGCAAACAUCAUAAUGGAAGAAUAAAGUCCUUCCCCAAGGAUGACCCAACACUACCUCCUCAUUUAACAGCUUUUGUGGGUUUUAAGGCUGGCAUGACUCACAUCGUACGAGAAGUGGAGAAACCAGGAUCGAAAAUUCACAAGAAGGAAGUAGUGGAAGCAGUUUCCAUCAUUGAAACACCACCUAUGAUGGUUGUUGGUGUUGUUGGCUACAUUGAAACUCCCCGAGGACUGCGUGUUCUCAAGACAAUCUGGGCUGAACAUCUCAGUGAGGAAUGCAAGCGCCGCUUUUACAAAAACUGGUGCAAGUCCAAGAAAAAGGCUUUCUCUAAGGCUUCCAAGCGUUGGGCAGAUGAGGAUGGCAAGAGUGUUAUUGAGAAUGACUUCAACACCAUGAAAAAGUACUGCAAAGUCAUCCGUGUCAUAUGCCACACACAGCAAAAGCUUGUGAAGCUUGGUCAGAAGAAAGCUAUCAUUAAGGAGAUUCAGGUCAAUGGUGGCAAGGAUGUAGGAGAGAAAAUUGACUGGGCUCGUGAACGCCUUGAAAAUCCUGCUCCUAUUCGUAAGGUCUUUGCAAAGGAUGAGAUGAUUGACAUCAUUGGUGUAUCUAAAGGUCAUGGAUUUAAAGGUGUGACGUACCGUUGGGGCACCAAGAAACUGCCACGUAAGACACACAAGGGUCUACGCAAGGUGGCCUGUAUUGGAGCCUGGCAUCCGGCUCGCGUGUCUUAUUCUGUUGCCCGUGCUGGUCAGUUUGGUUAUCAUCAUCGUACUGAAAUCAACAAGAAGAUCUACCGUAUUGGUCGUGGUAUUCACACCAAAGACGGAAAGGUUGUCAAAAACAAUGCUAGUACUGAGUAUGAUCUCACAGACAAGGCAAUCACUCCUAUGGGUUCUUUCCCUCACUAUGGUGAAGUGAAUGAAGACUAUGUGAUGGUUAAAGGUUGUGUUGUGGGCAAAGUAAAGCGUGUUCUCACUCUACGCAAGUCCUUACUUGUCCAGACCAAGCGUGCUGCCUUGGAAAAGAUUGAACUCAAAUUCAUUGACACCUCAUCCAAGUUUGGCCAUGGACGCUUCCAGCAUCCCGCUGAGAAGAGAGCUUUCAUGGGUCUGCUUAAAAAGGAACGAGAGAGGGAGCUAACUGCUGGUGCAGAGUAAACUUGUGAAUGAGCUCAUUAAAAUCAUGUUGAAUUCAGUGAAAAA